GUAAUUAUAAAAUAACACAGACUUCUCUGCAGCAGAAAGACGAAACAACAAUUUGUACAAGCGAAAAAGUCGAAGAGCAAACCCUAACCGAGAGAAGAAGAAAAACCCUUCGCCGGAACUCGGUCGAAGCUUUGUCGGAGGUCGUCGAUCGCUGUCUGUUGGUUUCCAGUUGGUCUGCCUAGUUAACAUUGCACAUCCAAUUUUCUGGUAUGGAGAUAUGCUCAAGGAAUUCAAUGUAAGUUCCAGGCUACGACAUUUGGAGGGUUGACAAGUACUCAUCACAACGAGGGCUUCAGCGUGUUUAAGUAAUGUGGACAAAUGUCUUCAAAAUUGGAGGUUUUCAUCAGGUAUCGUGGUUUCAGUUUCUCCCUCAUGAGUCUGAUCUCAACCCUUUGCCUGAUAAAAGUGCGAAACUGGAGCAGAGAGAUGCUGCUACUCUAGCGGUGCUUUCAUCCCAUAUCCAGCUGCAGAAGGAGGGAUUUCUCAGCACAUGGACCAAUUCUUUUGUUGGACCCUGGGAUCCAUCUCAGGGCCUCCACAACCCCGAUGAGAAACUUAAGCUCUGGCUUUUUCUCCCUGGGCGUAAUUCAUCUGUUGUAGAGUCUGCUCAGGCUGCUGUAUCUAGAUUGAGAGUUCUUGCAUCUGGGCUCUGGUUGGCUCCUGGAGACUCAGAAGAGGUUGCAGCUGCUCUAUCUCAGGCUAUAAGGAAUCGUAUAGAAAGAGCCCUGUUGGGACUUUCCUACAUGAGAUUUGGUGAUGUAUUUUCAAAAUACCGUCCAUUUUCACAAAGUGAAGAACUUUACAGGAGAGGCCAGCCUGUGGUUGAGUUCAUUUUUGCUGCCACUGAAGAGGCAAUAUUUGUCCACGUUAUAAUAUCUGCAAAGCAUAUCCGGGCACUUUCAAGUGGUGACAUGGAGAAAAUAUUGAAUCAUUCUUCUAAUUACUCUGGUGACAGUCUUCCAGUAAUUGUCUCACCUCAUGGAAUGCGUGGUAGGGUUACUGGAUGUUGUCCAAGUGACCUUGUGAAGCAAGUCUAUUUAAGUUCCAACAAGUUUAGGACUUCAAAUGGAAUCGUAGGUCUGCCAGGCCAUGUUUCACAAGUUUCUGGUUGCCAGCUUAGAGGGCAAAGUUGUUACGUUGAAGUUACCCUUGGUUGCCCUGCUACUGGAAAUGACAAGCCACUGCAACAGAACUCAAAUUUGAAAAAGAAUUUUCCCAAGCAUCAUAUGACUGAAUCUUCUGCUGUGAUAAGUGGUGUUCAGAAGGGGUCGCCAGAUCAAUUUUCAGUUUGUGAAAGGAAAUUCAUCUACCCAACAGAGGCAGUGCUUGUUCCAGUAUUACAGACGUCAUUUGCUAGGUCUUCUCUGAAAAGAUUCUGGCUGCAAAAUUGGAUAGGGCCAUCAUUAUUUGGUUCAUCGUUCUAUAUGCAUUGUGCCAGUGAGAUAGAUUCUGUGGAUGGAUCUUGGAUAAUACCCAAUGGAAUCCGCUCUGAACAUGAUUAUCAUAGUAGUAACAAUAGUAAUAGCAGUAGCAUCAGCAGCAUUAGUAGCACAUCUAGUGAUAGUGAUUACAAGAUGAGCACAGGAACUGGUGAGCUUGAGGCAGAUGCUGAUUCUUUAACAUGUAGACAGUCAGGUUUAUCUAGUGAUCAGUUGCAGAUAGAUGGCCCCAAAUCGGUUUCCAAGCGUCCUAGAACAGGGAUGGCUGGGUCUUUUGGUCAAGCUGGUACGGUUGCAAAUGCUCGUAUGCAAGAUACAUACCAGUCUGAUUAUGGUUCUGUUGAAGUUAACAAUUCAGCGAUUACUGGAGUUGCAAAUGAUGUUGGAUCGCAUUGGGAUUGGGAUGAUGAUGACCGAGGUGUCUGCAUGGAUAUCCAGGCACUUCUCUCUGAGUUUGGUGAUUUUGGUGACUUUUUUGAAAAUGAUGCUUUGCCUUUUGGGGAGCCCCCAGGAACUGCUGAAUCGCAGGCUCUUAUGUUUUCUGUACCGGAUUCUGGAGAUGUGGGUAGCAGUCCUGGUACUGGGAUUAUGGAUGUUGCAGAUCAGAUGCUUUUGCCUGCAGGUUUUCCAUCUUUUGAUAUGUUUAAUCCUCCUCCAGUGGCGACAGAGGAGUCUCUUAGCAAAAGUCAGGAGGCCCCAAAGAAUCCCAUGUCUUCAGGUGCAGUUAACUGUACUCCAGCAUCCUCUACGGGUGAGUUUGUCCAUUUAAUGAAAGCUGAAGCACUGAUGACAUUUGCUCCAGAAUAUGGAGCUGUUGAAACCCCGACUAGUGAGUUCUCAACACCAAUUUUCAGGAGCCCAUACAUUCCUAAAUCUCGAAAAGUUGACAGUGCGAGUUCAAGCCCGAAAUGUUAUGUAUAUUGUGCAACACCACCUUCCUCUCCUUGCUUAGACGGAUCUGAUGAGAAGUCUGGCAUGACUUUAAAUACAAAAGCAUGUCCCAGCAGGCAUGAUUCAAGUGCCACUCUCCAUUCAAAGAAAUAUUAUACUAUUGUUGAAAGUAGGAAAGGGCAGCAUGAAAAAAAGAUAUUUGCUUGCAACAAUGGUGUUUCUAAACAUGAUGUGGCAGCGUCGUCUUCAUUCCCUGGUUUCAAUUCUACAAAUGCUGUCAAUUCCGUUCAGAAGAAAAUGAAUGAAGCAACAUUUGGAGCAGAAAAUUUUCUCAUGUCUACGAGAACUUUGCUUGCAACUGAAGUUGAAUGCAUUAUGUUCCAAGCUUCAAUGUGCAGGAUUCGACAUACCCUGUUAUCUUCUAGCAGCCUUCUGCCUAUGGGCUUGAGUAGGUUAACUGGAAGUGCAGUUCAGAAUCAACUGCAUGGUGAACCAAGCACCACUACGGACAAUGUUUUUGCUAAGUACGAGGUGAAAAAGAAAGAAUCUAUACCAAUUAGAAUAGCUGGUGAUAUUGAUGGAGGACUGCUAGAUGGUCCACUUCAUGCUCCUGUAGGUGUUUGGCGCUCUGUUGGAGUUCCUAAAGGUGCAAAGCCUAAUAUGUCACCAAGUAUGGAAAUUUGCCCACCCUUACCACCCCAUUUGUCCAACGAGGAAGGUAUGCUUUCGUUCGGGAUGAGGCAACCACUUCAGGAAUUCCUUGAUGGCUUGGCAUUACUUGUCCAACAAGCUACUUCAUUUGUUGAUGUGGCGCUUGAUGCUGAUUGCGGUGAUGGCCCUUACGGUUGGCUUGCAUUACAAGAGCAGUGGAGGCGCGGAUUUGCUUGUGGACCUUCUAUGGUCCAUGCAGGUUGUGGAGGAAGUUUGGCUUCAUGUCACUCACUGGAUAUUGCUGGUGUGGAGCUAGUGGAUCCACUUUUAGCUGACGUUCAUGUAUCAUCUGUUGUUGGUCUGCUGCAAUCGGACAUUAAAACAGCCUUGAGAUCUGCUUUUGGCCCUUUGGAUGGCCCAUUGUCUGUCACUGAUUGGUGCAAAGGCCGCAGUCAAUCAGGAGAUGCAGGAACCAUGGGUGAUGGAUUUUCCGCUGAACUCACUGGAGGUGAAUGUAGAGAUUCUUCAAAUACUGUAACUUUAUCUGUUGGGGAAUCACUAAGCCCAUCCCAAUCUUCUGUUGUUGGUUCUUCAUGCCUCAAGGAUGGAGCUAGGGUGGAUGAGAUAAGCCAAAGAAGAUCAAGCCAAGAAAGCUGUGCAUCAGAGUCAGAGCAGCAGCUGGGUUUCCGUCUUAGGCCAACCCUGUUUGUACUACCAUUGCCUGCUAUACUCGUGGGGUACCAGGAUGAUUGGCUCAAGACGUCAGCAAGCUCUCUGCAACUCUGGGAAAAGGCUCCUCUUGAACCAUAUGCUCUGCAAAAACCUAUGACUUACUAUGUUGUAUGUCCUGACAUUGAUCCCCUUACUGCCGCUGCUGCGGACUUUUUUCAGCAACUUGGCACUGUUUAUGAGACAUGCAAACUGGGGACUCAUUUGCCUCAAAAUUUGGGAAACCAAAUGGAGAUAGACUCUGGAAAAUGGUCAUCAUCGGGUUUUGUUCUACUUGACUGCCCUCAAUCAAUGAAGAUAGAAAGCAACACAGCAUCUCUUGUUGGCUCAAUCAGUGAUUAUUUUCUAUCUCUAUCCAAUGGUUGGGAUGUAACGAGCUUUCUGAAAUCUCUUUCGAAGGUUCUUAAAGCGUUAAAACUUGGUUCAUGCUUUGCCUCAAACCCAAAAGAAGGAAAUGGUGGUCCUUGUACGGUUAUCUAUGUGGUGUGUCCCUUCCCUGAGCCUAUUGCAGUUCUGCAAACAGUCGUUGAAUCUUCCAUUGCUGUUGGAUCAAUCAUUCUUUCAUCAGAUAAAGAGAGGAGAUCUAUAAUGCACAAUCACGUUGGGAAGGCAUUAAGCUGCUCUGCUGCUGUGGAUGAAGCAUCAAUAUCCAAUGUUUUAACACUUUCAGGAUUUAGUAUUCCUAAAUUGGUACUGCAAGUUGUGACGGUUGAUGCGAUUUUUAGAGUCACAAGUCCAGCUCUCAGUGAGCCUGUCAUUCUCAAAGAUAUUGCUUUUACUGUGUAUAAUAAAGCUCGGAGAGUUUCACGAGGAUCCGCCCCUGAUGUGGUCCAAUCUUCGUCUAUGUCAGGUAGAUCUCAUUCGGUUAUGAUGCAAACGACUUCUCCGAUUUCAGGGAUGUGGAAGGAGUGUAUUGGUCCUCGAAUUACAGGGUCUUCCCUUCCAAGAGAAGGUGAACUUGAUCCUAGUUUGAGGUCUGGUAGUUGGGAUAACUCUUGGCAAUCAUCAAGAGCUGGAGGCUUAGGUUGUGAUCCACACAGAACUGGCGAUUUUCUUCCUCAAGAUGAAAUCCGUUACAUGUUUGAACCACUAUUCAUACUUGCAGAACCUGGUUCUCUGGAGCAUGGAGUCUCACCUACAGUUUUGACUAAUUUAUUAUCCGAAUCUUCAAAGCCUUUGUCUGAUGAUUGUAUUAGUGGAAACUUUGUGCAGAGUUCAGCUUCAUCAGGUAGUGUAGAUGCUGCAUCAAACUCCCAACUUGAUGGAUCUGAGCCGGAUGGAUUUGGAUCUGGCCAUCAAAAGACACUUCCAAGUUUACAUUGUUGCUAUGGAUGGACUGAGGAUUGGCGUUGGCUAGUAUGUAUAUGGACUGACUCUAGGGGUGAAUUGCUUGACAGCCAUAUAUUCCCCUUUGGUGGAAUUAGUAGUAGGCAGGAUACAAAGGGUUUGCAAUCCCUUUUUGUCCAAAUGCUGCAGCAAGGCUGUCAAAUUCUUCAGGCAUGCUCUGCUCCUGAUAGUGGUGUUGCUAAGCCUAGAGACUUUGUGAUCGCACGCAUUGGAUGUUUCUAUGAGCUUGAGUGCCAGGAAUGGCAGAAAGCACUCUAUUCAGUUGGGGGUUCCGAGGUGAAAAAAUGGCCCCUGCAAUUACGGCGAUCAGCACCUGAUGGGAUGCAUGCAAGUAGUAAUGGGACUUCCUUGCAGGAACAAGAGAUGAGUUUAAUUCAAGAGAGAACCCUUCCUUCUUCACCUAGUCCUUUGUACAGCCCUCACUCAAAAGCUUCUGGUUACAUGAAAGGUGGUUUGGGACAACCCUCUGGUAGAAAGCAGCUAAUGGGUGGACAUCCAGUCAUAGACCAAACUAGGGGUUUGCUGCAGUGGGUGCAAAGCAUCAGUUUCGUCUCGAUUUCAAUUGAUCAUUCCUUACAUCUAAUUUUUCAAGCUGAUUCAACAUCUCCUGGGGGUACUCAAGGUAGCAGCAAUGGGAACGUGUCAGGUUAUCAUGAAGGGUUCACUCCUGUAAAGUCUCUUGGUACCGCAUCUGCCUCUUACAUUCUAAUACCUUCACCGAGCAUGCGCUUCCUUCCUCCGACUCCGCUGCAGCUUCCCACAUGCCUCACUGCCGAUUCCCCACCACUCGCCCAUCUCCUGCACAGCAAAGGCUCUGCAGUUCCCCUUUCCACAGGAUUUGUGGUAUCCAGAGCUGUAUCUUCCAUGAGGAAAGACUCCAGGAGCAACUCAAAAGAAGAAUGGCCUUCGGUUCUUUCUGUCAGUCUUGUUGAUUAUUAUGGAGGUAAUAACAUUACCCAAGAAAAAAUUAUUAGGGGGAUUGUCAAGCAGGGAGGGAGGGGUUUAAACUCUGAGGCUAGAGAUUUUGAAAUAGAGACUCAUUUGAUCCUUGAGUCUGUAGCAGCGGAACUUCAUGCUCUAUCAUGGAUGACUGUUAGCCCAGCAUACUUGGAUAGGCGAACUGCACUGCCUUUUCACUGUGACAUGGUUUUGAGAGUGAGAAGGCUUCUUCAUUUUGCUGAUAAAGAGCUCUCUCGAUGGACAUAAAAGAUGUGAGUUUAGGUAAUGAAGACGUAUAUCCUCCAUGAGGGAACUAAGAGCAUCCACCUUAUAAGCUCAGUAUUUGGACAUGGUUUUGAUCCGGUGCUUCUUGAAUGUGCUGAUGAAGAAUUCUAAUGAUGCUCCGAACGUAAUGAAUCUAGGUCAAAUGGAAUCUUGUGGAAGCUGUAUCCUCUGUAUGGGAUUACUUUGAGCAGCUAUUUGAUAGGUUGCUAUUUUUGUCUGCCUGUAUGCUUCUUUGUAAAAUUAAUUGUAACAUGUAAUUUGCACAUAAUUUAAACCUGCUGAUUAGAUGCAGUUUUGGAUUUCCCAGAAUUGAGUAGUCUGGGAAAGAAAUAUACAGAUUUAGGGGUAGAAAUAGAAAAGUAGAUCCCAAACUAUGUAUAUAAACCUUCAGAAAAGUUAUUCUUAACAAAGCAUGAUCUUGUCCCGUUCAAAAGAAAAAACAAAAAACAAAGCAUGAUCUUGUAGGUCUGAUCAGUGUGGGGAUGUCUUCUCCCAAUGGUAGAAGGCAUCUAAUUGUAAUGGAGGCAUUUGAGUUUUCUUUUAUCAUUCAUAAAUACUAUGUAAGCCUAGAGAUAUAGCUAAUGAUUUGUUA